AUGUCAAGAACCAAUAGUAAUCAGACACUAUCAAAUACUUCACCGUUUUUAAUUAAAAAAGUAAUUGACGCAACAUGCGGCAGUGAAAUAGAGGAGUGCAAGAAAACCAAAAAUGGACAAAUACUUAUUAAAACAAAAAAUAACUUACAGGCUAACAAAUUAACGACUCUAAUAGCACUAGACAACAACACAUCCAUAGAAAUAACACAGCAUAAAACAUUAAACCAUUCAAAAGGCGUAAUUUACUGCAACGAUCUUAGAGGACUACAGGAAGACUACAUACUUUCGGAAUUAGAUACGCAAAACGUAAUUGAAGUUAAGAAAAUCCUAAAGAAAUCCGACUACGAACUCAUUGAAACGGGAUUGAUAAUACUCACAUUCGAAACAACAAAUCUACCAUCAGAGAUAAGAAUCGGUUAUGAAAAGGUCAACGUUUGGCCCUACAUUCCUCUACCACUCAAAUGCAAUAAUUGUCUAAGGUAUGGGCAUACAGCAAAAAUCUGCAAAGCUGAAAGAACAUGCGCAAAUUGUGCAAGCAAUUAUCACUUGAACGACGAUAUGGAAGAGAAAUGCAAAAACGAGGAGGCUUGCAUAAACUGCAUUAGACAACUACAACAACCCACCAACCACAUCGCCACUGACAAAAAAUGUCCCAUCUUCCUCAAACAAAAAGAAAUACAAGCGAUUAAAACUACACUCAAAAAAGACUACAAAGGUGCGCUAGCCAUCUACAACGAAAGACACCAACACAAUCAGCAACCAUACUCAACAAUA